AUGCGCGCGCGCGCGGACGUCGCGCGCGUCCGCGCGCACCGCGCGAGCGCGCGAGCGCGGACGACGACGACGGCGACGACGAGGCGGCCGUCGCGCGCGCGCGCGGCGGCGAAAACCUCCGGUGCGGCGACGGCCAAGGCUGAGCGCCUGGACGCGCUGCUGUCGCGACUCGGGCUGACGUCGCGCGCCGACGCGGCGAGAUUCAUCGCCGAACGCGUCGUCACGACGGACGGCGCGCGGGCGACGGAACGCGCGACGAGCGGGAAACUCAAGGCGCGGGCGGCGGACGUGCGCGUCGACGGCGAGACGCUCGAAGACGUCGACGGAUUGCUAAUCGUGAUGCACAAGGCGCGAGGGGUGGUGUGCUCGCACGAUGUCAGAGAAGGGACGAGCGUGUACGAUGCGCUGCCGGAGCGCUGGCGCCGCCGGAAGCCGUCGAUCGAGAGCGUCGGACGGUUGGACAAAGAUACGAGCGGGUUGUUGUUGCUCACCGACGACGGCGCGCUCGUACACGCGCUCACGACGCCGAAGAAGGAGAUUGGCAAGUGGUACAGGGUGAAAACUGACAGACCGAUACCGCGAGACGCCGUCGAGGUGUUCGCGAGCGGCGAGUUGACGCUCGACGGCGAGACGAGGGCGUGCAAGCCCGCAGUCUGUGAAUUAAUGGACGACGAAACAGAAGCGCGCUUACGGUUGACUGAGGGCAAGUUUCAUCAGGUGAAGAGAAUGUUUGCGUUUUUCGGGUGCACGGUGAUAGGGCUGCAUCGAGAAUCGUUCGGGUCGCUGACGCUCGAGAGAGCUGGAGUCUCGGAGCCGGGAGACUUCAAGACGCUUCCGUUAGAUUUCGACUUUAGCGAAGAGUGA